AUUAGAAAGUGCGUCUGGCGAGAAGUCACAGUGGGGAUGCCCGCGCCUGUGUGAGGGCCGUGUAGCAGGACCGUGCUCUCUGGACCACAGCCUUUUGGAGGUCCACGUCUCUCCCGUUCUCUCCACUGUGAGCCAGCGGAGGUGAAAAGGCCACUCCCUCCCAGUCCAGGCCCGGCCUUCCUGCCCAGAUCAAGCACCAGGAUGAGAGUGGAACCAGUGAAUUCCACCAACAUCUACGAUUCAAACGAGGACUACUUUGGAUUGGCUAAUAGUUCGGACUACUCGCUGGAUGAUGACAGCCUCCUGUGUUCCUUGCAGGAGGUCAGAAGUUUCUCUGGGCUCUUCGUGCCGGUCGCUUACUCCUUGAUAAGCAUCUGCGGCCUCCUGGGCAAUGUUCUGGUGGUGGUCACCUUUGCCUUCUAUAAGAAAGCCAAGUCCAUGACGGACGUUUAUCUCUUGAACAUGGCCGUGGCGGACAUCCUGUUUGUCCUCACCCUCCCGUUCUGGGCGGUCAGCCACGCCACCGGUGAGUGGAUUUUCAGCAACACCAUGUGCAAACUGACCCGGGGCAUCUACGCCGUCAACUUCAACUGCGGCAUGCUGCUGCUGACCUGCAUCAGCCUGGACCGCUACAUUGCCAUCGUGCAGGCCACCAAGUCCUUCCGGCUCCGCUCCAGAACCCUGGCUCACCACAAGCUGAUCUGCCUGGCGGUGUGGGUGGUGUCCAUCCUCAUCUCCAGCUCGACCUUCACGUUCAACCAGAAGUACAAGCUGCAGGGCGGCGACGUCUGCGAGCCCCGGUACCAGACCGUGUCCGAGCCCAUCCGCUGGAAGCUGCUGAUGCUGGGGCUGCAGCUGCUUUUCGGCUUCUUCAUCCCGCUGGUGUUCAUGAUCUUCUGCUACGCGUUCAUCGUCAAGACCUUAGUCCAGGCGCAGAACUCGAAGCGGCACAGGGCCAUCCGCGUCAUCAUCGCGGUGGUCCUCGUGUUCCUGGCCUGCCAGAUCCCACACAACAUGGUGCUCCUCGUGACCGCCGUCAACCUGGGCAGGACGGGCCGCUCGUGCAGCAGCGAGAGGCUGCUGGGCUACACCAAGAACGUCACCGAGGUGCUGGCCUUCCUGCAUUGCUGCCUCAACCCCGCGCUCUACGCCUUCAUUGGCCAGAAGUUCCGGAGCUACUUUCUGAAGAUCAUGAAGGACCUGUGGUGCCUGAGGAGGAGGCAGAAGGCUCCGGGCUUCUCCUGCUCCCGGCUGCACUCGGACACCUUCACCUCCCGGCAGAACAGCGAGACCGCGGACAACGACAGCCCGUCCUCCUUCACCAUGUGACGCCCCCCAGGCUCGCGCAGAUAGGACGGAAAUGCAGGGGGGGGGGCGUGGAAAUGAAGCAAAAGCGAGUGGGGUCGUUCCUGCAGAAUCAGGGCCGCGGGGGCUCCGGGUGCUGGGGGGCUCCCACAGGCAGCACCCCCAGCUCAUCUGACCGGGAGUGCCCUGUGCCCCUGUCCCCGAGGGCUGGCAUUCCACAAAGCAGGCUCUGGGAAGCGCUGGAUGAAAAUGAACUGCUUACAAGCGCAAACACUUUCAGGAAUAUUCGCAAAGCAGCCUUUAACCACAGUCUCUCCUGGUCAUUGCGGAACACCCCAUGGCUUAAAACCAAAACGGAACAGGAACAACAAUCAAAAGCCCUCACACAGCUCCUUUAGGCAAAGGACUAAACAUUUUUCCAUUGCCAUGGUUACUGUUGGUCACACAGCAGCAAAAUGGGCUAGCUUGGGCUUUCUCUCAUUUCCUUAUGAUGCGCUCAGCUUGCAUGAGAUUGUGAAAGGGCAGAAGGGAAACCAAGCUCAGAGACCGAGGAGGUGGCCGCAGAAGUGCUGGCGAUGCUGGUCCCCAGGGGUCAGGCCGCUGUGGUCGUCACAGGACGUCAGGGAGCACAGCGCGCUGCGUUUCUCUCCACAAUGGCAAUCCUCUGAAAAUCAGCUAGACGAAGGUGCUCAAUAAAUACUUGUUUAACAAAACAUAAUACAACUGGGGCUUCUAGUACAGGUUAAGAAUGAAAGUGCUCAGUCAUGUCUGACUCUUUGUGACCCCAUGGACUAUACAGUCCAUGGAAUUCUCCAGGCCAGAAUACUGGAAUGGG